GAUAAACUUUACAAUAUUUUACAAUUGAAGUUCUGUUCCACUUUGGUGUAUACAUUUUGAUAACCGGACUGAAUUGAAUCACAUAACCGAAUUUUCACAUAAUCAAUUAUAAGUAUCAUCAUAAUUUAUAAAUAACCGUUCCAUAAACAAUCUACCGGGCCACGUUUCUUUCGCAGGGAAAUAACCAAAGAUGAUGUCACAACCCUAAUUACUUACCAACAUCGAUCUUGUCGCAUUGUUGACUUAGAAUCUUGAAUUGCCAAGUCGUGUUCUAGGGUUCCUUCAUUUUUUAUCCGGCGAUGACAUCGGCCAACAACGAAUUAACUUGUUCCACGACGGGUACAUCGGCCAAGGAGGAGGAGGUUGUCUCUAAAGUCGACAAGGAAGACGACGAAAGCAGCAGCGAUAGCGACGGCAGCGACAGCGAGUGGGCUGGGUAUAACUGGUUACCGGAAACUGAACCAGAGUGGGACGUCGAUAGCUUUGAUGGUCACGAGUUUAAAAUCAACCCCAGGGUUCGUAAGAUGUACGGCUCUAACCAGCAACUUUAUGACGAAUAUUACAACGACAGGCUCGAGGCUUUCAACAGUAAGGGGUUUCUUCCUGAUCCUCUGAACGGAAUCUACAACCUUCAUAUAGACGGCCAGGGGAAUCAUAGGGAUUUAGCUGCAAAUCUUGCUAAUGUGUGUGUUCAGAAAUUCGACGAGACCAAGGGAACGACUUUAGAAUUUGUAAGUGUUGUAAGAGUUACUGUAAAUGGAGCAGCUACAUGGAAGUUGUACAUCACCUUUAUGGCUCGAGAGUUUCGUGAUGGGCCUCUUGUUGAGUACCAAGCCAAGGUGAUACACGCUAUAGGGACCGUGGAACCUCCUUUCCCAAUUCUCUGCAGACCAAGUCCUAAACCAGAAAUCUAAAUAUAUAUAUAUAUAUAUAUAUAUAUUAAUUUAAAGGUAUAUAUGUGAUGUUUUCUUUGUUGUUUAUUGUGUCAAACUCUGAGGGGAUUAUUGUCUGUUUCAUUUCGUUUUUAACUCUUAAUAUUUCUGCCUAAAUUGCAGAUUGUAUGUAUUGUUGACGCUAGACGCUAGCGAAGGCUAAGAAGAUGCAUUGAAGUUAUAAAAGAUUAACAAUACAUGCACCAGCUGACGAAUAAAAUAGUGAACUGCAUAUAUUAUAAUAUGAUACUAGGCCAGCUAUUACUGUUUUAUUGGAAUCUAAUGUCAAAUAUCUUUUAUAUUGUAAUGACAAUAUAGGAAUUAUUGUUUUAAUCAUCUUUUAAGGAUAAAUCGUACGUCUGAUCUAA